AUGACCAACAAGAGCUAUCUUGCCUUUCUCGACAACACCGCCGCCUCCGACAUGCUCUCGCGCUCCACCGUCCCGGGCCUCGCUGCCCUGCCUAAUCUCAUCCCCCACCGCGUCCGCCGGAAGUGGAGGGCCACCAAGUCGCGCAUACGCGGCCGCCAGUCGCCCACGUCAUCCAUCGCCUCGCUCGAAACGUCAUGGUCGCCCUCGGACACGCUGCGCUCUCUGCGCACCCAUUCAUGGUCCAUAUACGACGCCCAGUAUCUCUUCCUCGCCAUUGUUGCCAUCUUCUCCCUGUCGGUCAGCGAGGCCCCUGGUCCGUUUGCAAAGACGUUUAUUGCGACGCUGCUCAUGACGGGCUUGUGCUUGCCCAUCACACGCCAAUUCUUGCUUCCAUUGCUUCCUACUCUUACAUGGCUAUUCCUCUUCUCCAGCUGCAAAUACAUUUCCGCAGACUACCGACCUGCCAUCUGGGUUCGCGUCCUGCCCGCGCUGGAGAACAUCCUUUACGGUGCCAACCUAAGCAACGUCCUGUCGGCCCACAAGCACACCGUCCUCGAUAUCCUUGCCUGGCUGCCAUACGGCGUCGUCCACUACGUAUCGCCCGUCAUUGUUAGCGCAUGCAUGUUCAUCUGGGGCCCUCCAGGAACCCUUCCCAUCUGGGCUCGCGCCUUUGGCUACAUGAACAUCACUGCCGUCCUGAUUCAGAUCAUCUUCCCCUGCUCCCCGCCAUGGUACGAAAACUCGUACGGAUUGGCCCCCGCCAACUACAGCAUUCCCGGAGAUGCCGCAGGUCUCAAGGCCAUCGACAAGCUUACCGGCAUUGACAUCUACACAUCCACCUUCCUCGCCUCGCCCAUGGUCUUUGGUGCCUUCCCCUCUUUGCACUCUGGAUGGGCCACUCUGGAGACACUGUUUAUGGGACACGUCUUCCCCAAGCUGUUCCCCGUCUACGUCUGCUACACCAUGUGGCUGUGGUGGUCAACCAUGUACUUUUCCCACCACUACGCUGUUGACCUGGUUGCAGGCAGUCUCCUCGCCGGUAUCUGCUACUUCUUUGGCCGCGCCAACUUCCUGCCCCGUACUCAGUUCGACAAGGAGUUCCGAUGGGACUACGACUAUGUCGAGAUUGGCGACCCAAUGGACGGCGCUGGCUACAGCAUGCUCGACAUCUACGAGGAAUUCCCAUCUCAUUCCGACUCGGACGACUGGGCCAGUGGUUCCUCGUCAUCCUACUCCACCGGUGGCCGAAGCCCGAUUGGUUCCCGCUCGCCAACCGACGACAACCAGAGUCUCUGGGACUGUGACACGGUCGGAUCCGACACCGAGCACACUCUCCGCAAAGACUAG